AUGUAUUCGGACGGCUCACCCGAUACAAGCAACGUUGAGGUUCUGGGCACACAGCACCGACAGGCAUUCGAGCGUGCUUUAGCGCGCGUUUUGGAAACUGAAGUGGCAGAACAGACAUUUGCUCAGAUCAUCGAUGGGUUACCAACGCGCCGGUCAUUCUCUGAGUUCAACCCGCUCCCGGAUGCUCAUCCUACAAGAGCCCAUACGGAACUCUGCCCAGAAUACCAGAGAUGGGCAAAUGAGCCUCGAGACAUGAAUAGAUUGGACUCUCAUCGAGAUCCUACGCCUUUCUGCCAUGGAUCGUAUAUUGAUAUCGACCGGUAUCCUAACGGAGCUGCUGACGCUGCUGGGUACUGGGCUGAAGCAAAAAUAUUUGGUGGAGUCCUCGUGUUUGAUAGAGGGGAAUCUGAAGUAGAGUGCAAAGAACUCUACCUCCACGCAGGCCUUCUUUCCGGUCCAUAUACCCUCUUUCCUCUCACGACGGAGCAGUUCCAGUCGUUACUCGACUUCUUACUGCGUGACGAUUUCGGAACGGAGAAACCGAAAAACCCAAUGCCCUUACGAGCAACCUCGAGAAACAAAUGGCGAUGGAGUGAGUGGGAUGCCAUCGCACAGCACCACAUCUUUCGCGACAAGUACGAGCGGAGUUUCUCGCCAAACAGACCGAGACCAGAUUAUCGGUCGUCAAUGGACUGGCCCGAAAUAGCUGAUGACCUUUACCUUAUAAACGAGAUGCAUAAUCAUCGGAAUGGGGAACCUAUAGACAAGGAGAGGAUUCGUACAGCUCUGGAGAACUUGAAGCAGAUUACGCCAUCCUCUCCUUGCUGGCCGGAUGGGCCAUUGAAACAUGCAUGGACUAAUGUUCUAUUUGAAGAAACUACGAACGGGUCUGAUCACACAACUGACCAAGCCUGA